AAAAAAAGCGUCAAUGUGUCAACAAAACAAUGACAGAGAAACAAAUUACUUCAGAAAGAUCUGAGAUUAAGCAACAUAUAGCAGGUCCAUCAUAUAAGUCAGAGCCAUUAUUUCAUAAUGCAAAAAAUAAUGAACGCAAUAAAUUUUAUUGCAUGUUUAAAACUAAAUUUGAUAAUUAUUCGUUAUUAUAUGGGGCAGACAUACAUAGCAUUUCUUCAAAAGAGCUUAUAACAGACACACUUAUUGGCAAAAGUUUCGAAUUAAUUGAAUUGAAAAUACUCCCAAUGGAUAAUUUGAAUAGUGACACGCAUGAAAUAAUCUCUUCUGAAAAAAUAUUAAUGUGGUGGAGUCAGAACUACUUGAUGAAUAUAGACAAAACUAUAUGUGGAAUAAAAGAUAGAAACAGCGUAGUAAGAAGAAUAAAAGAAUAUUCUACGCAUGAACUACCACAUCUUUCAAAGUAUUCUGCUACACAGAUAUAA